CACAGAAGCCUUUUGAAGACAAAAGUCAUGGACCUUAUCACAUCCAUGGCCAUCUUGCCCUUACUCUUUGGCUGUGUUGGAGUGUUCAGCCUUUUCAAGGUACUGCAGCGAAUGCACAUGAAGGCCUACCUGCAGGACGCUGUUGUGGUCAUCACAGGUGCCACGUCUGGGCUGGGCAGAGAGUGUGCCAAAGUCUUCCACACUGCAGGUGCUAAGCUGGUGCUCUGUGGCCGAAACAGGGAGGUCCUAGAAGAACUCACCAGAGACCUUGCCAGUCCUUAUGCCACCAAGGUGCAGACGUAUAAGCCCUAUGUGGUGGCCUUUGACCUAACAAACCCUGGUGCCAUUGUUGGGGCAGCAGCAGAGAUCUUGCAGUGCUAUGGCCAUGUAGACAUACUGGUCAACAAUGCUGGGAUCAGCUACCGCGGUGCCAUCACAAACACCAAACUGGACGUGGACAAGAGAGUGAUGGAAACAAACUACUUUGGCCCUGUGGCUCUAACCAAAGCACUUCUGCCUUCAAUGAUUGAGAGGAGACGAGGCCACAUCGUUGCCAUCAGCAGCAUCCAGGGCAAAAUCAGCAUUCCUUUUAGAUCAGCCUAUGCGGCCUCCAAGCAUGCAACCCAGGCAUUCUUCGACUGUUUGCGUGCUGAGAUGAAGCAGCAUGGGAUUGAAGUGACUGUGAUCAGCCCAGGGUACAUCCGCACCAACCUCUCCCUGAAUGCCAUCACUGCUGACGGCUCCAGAUAUGGAGUUAUGGACAAGACCACAGCCCAGGGCCAGAGCCCCACAGAGGUCGCCCAAGAUGUCCUCACUGCUGUGGGAAAAAAGAAGAAAGAUGUGAUCCUAGCUGACUUGAUGCCUUUAUUGGCCAUUUACCUUCGAACUCUUGCUCCUGGAUUCUUUUUCACCUUCAUGGCUUUUAGAGCCCGAAAAGAACAGAAAUACAAGGACUCCUAA